AUGGACGCAGUGACCAUGCAUGUCGGACAAACCAUGCCGGCGUCCAUGUGCAUGCGACAGGCGACCCCAGUGCCAGUGCAAGUUGGACAAACUGUGCCGGCAUCUAUGCCAAUGCCGCAGACAGCCCCCAUGCACGGUAUGGACGCAGUGACCAUGCAGGUCGGACAAGCCAUGACUGUGCCGGCAUCUAUGCACAUGCCGCAGACAGCCCCCAUGCACGCUAUGGACGCAGUGGCCAUGCAAGUCGGACACACCAUGCCGGCAUCCAUGUCCAUGCCCCAGUCAGCCCCGAUGCAUGCAGUGGAUACCUUGCCAGUGCCUCUGCAAGCAGCCCAGACCAUGCCAGCUGUCCUCUCUGCUGGCCUGCAGCCCAUCCAAGCCUCUCGACCCGCUUCCAAGGAGACAACUCAGGUCGUGAACGUCGGGCAAGCUUCGGCCGGCACACAGCUUCAGAUUGAGAAGGCCCGCACAUCCAAGAGGCAGAACUUGGCGGUGCAGAAGCGGAUCAACAAAGACCUCGUCGUUGCCGGCAAGAAAAAUGGCCUCGAGGUCCUGAAAGUCGCCACGAAGAACUUGGACACGAUGAAUGGAGUGAACCUGGCCACAGCCUUCCACCGCAUCGCCAAGAGCACCACCGACGAGGUCGAGGCGGUGUCGGGCUCCAGUGCCUUCACCAGCAUGCUCGUCGCAGCCGAGCGCUACGCGGAGCAGGAGCUAACUCACCGGGAUGGUUCUUUGCCG